CAUUUUAUGCAUCAGUCGUGUCCAAUCAGUUGAUCUAGGAUUCCGUUUUACGGGAGGAAACAGCAGCAAGAUGAGGUGUAUACUCGCAGUUAUAUUUACCGUCGUUCUAAUCGCAACUGACGGCAAAGCUAUGCCAGCUAGUGAUGUCGAGAACCAACAGACUACUGCUCAGCCCUUAGAUCUCGAAGAUUACGUCAGAAAGGCUCAAAAUACAAUUAACGCACUUGGUACUCAGCUACAAGAGCAGUUGAAUCAAGCGAUGUCCAAUCAAGGAGGAUACUUCGAUACUUUGAAAGAGCAGAGCAAAAAUCUUGUCAACAACAUGUUACAUGUUGCUGACAAAAUUCACACGCAGGGUUACACGCAGAACAUGAAUGAGGAGGUUCGCAGCACGAGCUCUCAUAUCUAGAAGUUAUGUGUGUUUAAAUAUUCGUGAGAAAUAUCGCAUUGAGGACGCUCGUUGAAUUACACAACGUACAUUUGCAAGAAAAGCCGUUCAGUUUGUCGUCAUAUCUUAAAGCAAUCUACCAGAAAUAACUGACAUGCGGCAGAAAAUAAUUCAUAAAUUGCGAACGCAAGCAAAUUGACGAUGCAAGAAUCUGCAAAUUAUUUUGCCCUUUGAGAUACGUCGAUAAGCGUUACACUUGUCAUCUUUGUUGCAUUACAUUAUAUUAAACGAAUCUUUCGUAUUACCUAAAGUGGUACUGUAGUUUGUAAUUGGCAGAAACGUACAUGCAAUUCAUGCGUGUCAAUGAUUACGCAUGUCCAAAGUCGUUGAUCAUAUAAGCGUAAGUUAACGAAUCGAGCGAUUGGGACGACUAAACAUUUAAUAAAAGUAGCGAAUGUUACUAUCUCUAAUAACAUAAUGCAAUAUGUGAAAAAUAUCAUUGGUGCGUGUUUCACUGUGAAACACUGAAGCCACAAAUAAGCAGGUUGAGAACGUAGCAGUCUUCAAGAUUUGAAACACGCGCGGUUUAUACGCACAAAAUGAAUCAUUAUUCGCAGGUGAAGGCGAAAGGUGGACGAGUUGGAAAGUAUAUGAACAAAUACUCACAACAAAUACUCACUACAGACUAAGCUGUCUGAAAUGGCCGAUGAGAUCAGCGACGAGACCAAGGAAUGAGCUGCAUACAAAAUUUGAAGAAUGUCUCCGCACUGUAAUAAACGAACGCCCAGAACGUUAUGGAGAACGCAAACAAAAAUUCCGAGAAACUGCAAGGAGAUGUUUCUGAAUUUGCUAAGGGCGCUGUUGACGUUGUCGUGCAAGUUUCUGAAAAGCUCAAGAAUUACUUGUAGCGGGAAACGACACAGAAGGCAGCGCGACGGAGGAACACACGGAGGAGUUAAGAAACAAAAAUACUUUGUAAAUUAUUCGCAUGUGAAACACCUCGGUAAUUAUGCACAGAGAAAUUCAAAGUUCAAUUAAUCAGCGAGUGUAACCUCACACCGUAUCACAAUCAGAUCGAACAACUGACGAGUGCCUUUUAAUAAAAGUAUUUGGCUCUUUU